AUUUACCUAUAAUUAUAUUAUACCUUUGAUAUCUUCAGUUACAUUACAGCUGUGAGUUACAAGUGUUUCUACACUGAAGAUGGUGAUGGUGGCCAGGUGAUGGUGGCCAGGUGAUGGUGGCCAGGUGAUGGUGGCCAGGUGAUGGUGGUUAGGUGAUGGUAGCCAGGUGAUGGUGGCCAGGUGAUGGUGGCCAGGUGAUGGUGGUCAGGUGAUGGUGGUCAGGUGAUGGUGGCCAGGUGAUGGUGGUCAGGUGAUGGUGGCCAGGUGAUGGUGGUCAGGUGAUGGUGGCCAGGUGAUGGUGGCCAGGUGAUGGUGGUCAGGUGAUGGUGGUUAGGUGAUGGUGGCCAGGUGAUGGUGGUCAGGUGAUGGUGGUCAGGUGAUGGUGGUCAGGUGAUGGUGGCCAGGUCAGUGAGGAUACAGGAGGCACUCACCAUCCACUCGGGUAUAUGUCUUAACGACAGAUUCGUAAUAUUUGCCCAUGCACUCGCUCUACUGCGCGUAUAUUGCUGCUCUCAAGGACUGUCUUCUACGUUGAGUGGGUUCCUGUAGUAGGAUCCUCCUCCCUUGAUCAUCCUUGUGUUGUGUUGAGGUGUUUGCAAUGCAAACGUAUCGUGUAGAUCGAAGAUUUCCCUUAUUGAGAUCCAGUAAUGUUUACAACUCAAUAUGGAGGGUUGAAUGAUGGGACUCCUCCCACAUUCACACGGUGCGGCCACUGAGGGCCCGCCCGUUCGAAUGGGCGGAGUCAGUAGCCCUAGUGGCUGCCAGGGCGGCACAGGGGUGGCGAGAGGCGGGGCAAGCCUCAUAAACUGGGUGGGAACUACAAGAUCAUCUCAAUGCCAUUACGGGCGGACAGUUACAGCUAAACCGUGAGCAAAGAGCAACGCGGUACCACCGUGCCGUGGCCCCAGUGACACUCGCCACCAUUAUGGAUUCUGAUUAAGAGGGUUUUGUGUGUGUGUGAUGGAUUAAGGCGUGGCGGCGGCGUGGAUGCAGAUAGAGUAAGGGUUGACCAUGUUAAGUGUGGCAGUGUGGGACGUCUGCUCAACCAUGGCCCGCACUCCACUCAAACAUUCCUUCUCCAUCAGCUCCAUCCUGCCGGAGACGGCGCUGGACACUCCUACGGUCCUUCCCAGGGACGUGCCCACGCCUAAAGACGAGCUGCUCAUGGACGACGUGGAGAUGACCACAGCUGAAGACGACGAGGAGGACGAGGUUGAUAUUGACGUCACUGGCGCUGUCAGUCCUGGGGCCAUGUCUGAGUCUGAGGCCGAAGACCACAACGACAAAGACGACAAAGAAGUGAAAAAGGAUGACGACAGCGAGAAGAAAGACGGGGAAAAGAAGAAGAAACACGAAAAACCUCCGUUCAGCUACAACGCUCUCAUCAUGAUGGCCAUCAGGUCCUCUCCUGAGAAGAGACUCACUCUGAACGGCAUCUACGAGUUCAUCAUGAAGAACUUCCCAUAUUACCGUGAGAAUAAACAAGGAUGGCAGAACUCCAUCCGCCACAACCUGAGUUUAAACAAGUGUUUCGUUAAGGUUCCUCGGCACUACGACGACCCCGGCAAGGGUAACUACUGGAUGCUCGACCCCUCGGCUGACGAUGUGUUUAUCGGCGGUACUACGGGCAAGUUGCGGCGUCGCUCCACCACGGCAUCGAGAAACCGCUUGGCAGCCUUUAAGCAGUCACUCUUGGGCCGCUUCGGUUGCUAUCCACCUUUUGGUCUGACUCCGUACGCCGCGGCGGCGGCUGCGGCGGGACUAGGCGGGGCUCUAGCUCCUGGUUCCUUGCCUGUAUCCUUGCCAGGGGCUCUCCCAGGGGCUCUUGCUUCAACGCCGCUAUACCAACAAGCCACCGCUGCUGCCGCAGCCGCAGCUGCCUUGUACCGCGGGUACUCACCGUCCUACUACUCCAGCCCGUUACCCUCUGGUCCAGCGCCGCUGACGGGUCCAGCGCCGCCCUCUGGUCUACCCAAACCCACCGCCCUCACUCCCGCCGCCGCCCACCCGCCCACCACAUCCUUUAGCGUAGACCGAUUGUUAUCCGAUACGCCCGUGAGUGCGCCGCCCUUACUGGGCGGCCCACCUCCCUUAUUACUGGGUGGGCUGGGCGGUGCUCACACCCUCUCUCCCUAUGAUGUGUAUCGUAGCUCCCUACUGUCACAAGCGGGUCUGGGACAUACCCUGGGGGGUAUGGGUGGUGCCCUCAACCCUGGUCUGGGUAUGGUGGGUGUUGGUAGCCCCGGCAGCAGCAACCUGGCUACCAUCGUCACCAGCAGCAGCAGCAGUAGCAGCAGCAGUAACAGCACCGGUAACAGCAGUAACAGCGAGGCUGCCGUCCGUCAGACAGUGUACAAACCUGUGACGGUAGUGGCCAGACCUAGCUAAUGACCAGACCUAGCUAGUGGCCAGGCCUAGCUAGUAGUGCUGCAGACGCCCGCACGCCCGCCCUGACCGCCCAAGCCGUGUAUAUACUGUAUGUAUGGACCGCUGUGUACAGUGUACGCGUGUGACUGUGUCUUACACCAAAGUUGUACAACACUGUGUGUACAAGUUUUAAAUUAUAUAUAAUGAUAAAAAUAAUACUGAUAAUGAUAAUAAUAAUAAUUCAGAUGGUAAUGAGGUGUUUUCUUAACAUUCCAUUUUGACCCAAUCAAUUCAAGAGAUCUUGAUUCAAGGAACUGGAGUUACCCUCCACUUCCUCGGGUCAAACCUCAUUUCCUGCAUUUCCCAAUUUGAUGUGUG